UAAAGAAGGAAACAAACAUCGACGGAAAGCAACCGGAGAGACGGGGCAAGAGUACAGAGAGCAGUAUUACAUUCAGUCUCAAUCGGAGGACACAUUGACACAGAGGACGUUAUUGCCACAGCUCACUGUGUGUUUACGGGAAACCCCGACUUGCGCGAAUACAUUGAUCUUCUUGUGGAAUUCCUAACAUCCGUACAGCGAUGGCCCAAGAAACCAAUCAGAGCCCUGUGCCCAUGCUGUGUGCCACCGGCUGCGGUUUCUACGGCAACCCCAGGACCAACGGCAUGUGCUCGGUGUGCUACAAGGAGCACCUGAACCGACAGCAGAGCAGCGAUCGCAUGAGCCCCCACAGCCCCAUGGGAAGCGCCAGUAGCCCUAGCUCUGAAGCCUCAGCCAUCCAAAGACUGGAGGCCAGCUUUGCCAAGGUAGACCCAUCUGCUGGACCCGCUACAGACAUGUCUAGAACUACCCAAGGCUCUCUUCCUGUCACUCAACAAAUGACAGAGAUGAGCAUCUCCAGAGAGGACCCAACAGACACCCCAGAGCCUGUGGUGACUCAGCCCACCGCCUCCAGCCCCCCAGCCCCCAGCGAGGAGGGAAAAGGGGACACCCCCAAAUCCAAGAAGAACCGGUGCUUCAUGUGCCGCAAGAGGAUCGGCCUGACGGGGUUCGACUGUCGCUGUGGUAACCUGUUCUGUGGCCUCCACCGGUACUCCGACAAGCACAACUGUCCCUACGAUUACAAGGCCGAGGCGGGCCGCCAAGAUCCGCAAGGAGAACCCUGUGGUAGUCGCUGACAAGAUCCAGAGAAUAUAGGGGUUAACCUGUGACAAGGACUGUGUAUGUAGGUGUGCGUGCGUGUGUGUGUGUGUGUGUGGCCAUAGACAUGAACACUGGCACAAGGGGUUAACGGAUUAUUAAGGACUCUUUCUGAAAAAUCCCAACCUUGAGACAACAUGAGAAAAAAAAGAGAAGAUUCUGUAUGAGGAAGAUGCAUAAAUGACCACCUUUUUUUGGAGGGGUGGGGUGGGGGGGGGGCGUUGAAAUUCUUUUAUUUUCCGUUUCUCCGGACUCUUUUCUGUGGUGUCUUUGAAGAGAACGUGUGCCGUCUUCCGAAGAGCGAGCUCUGGGAUUACCCGGGGAAGGUAGGACUCCUGUUUGACUGGUGGCCAUUUUGUGCCAAACCGUGGGAGGCCAUUUUGUGUUCAGACCAGUGCUUGUCAGUGUGUUCAAAAAGAGAAGAAAGAAAAAAAGAAGAGCUCUAGUCCUGUGUUCCAAGAGUCGGGUGAGCGUUCUGGAACGUAUGACGUUGUACGACAGAAUGCACAUGGGCUUUGUUUCCGCCCUCUCUCUCUCUCUCUCUCUCUCU